AUGGCAGAGCAGCUGACGGAGGAGCAGAUCGCCGAGUUCAAGGAAGCUUUUAGCCUUUUCGACAAGGAUGGCGAUGGCUGUAUUACUACCAAGGAGUUGGGAACAGUGAUGAGAUCACUUGGUCAGAAUCCCACUGAAGCUGAACUACAGGAUAUGAUCAGUGAAGUUGAUGCUGAUCAGAAUGGAACCAUUGAUUUUCCAGAGUUCUUGAAUCUGAUGGCACGUAAAAUGAAGGACACUGAUUCUGAGGAGGAACUCAAAGAGGCUUUCAAGGUUUUCGAUAAAGAUCAGAAUGGCUUUAUUUCUGCAGCCGAGCUUCGUCAUGUAAUGACAAACCUUGGAGAGAAGCUGACUGAUGAAGAGGUGGAUGAGAUGAUCCGAGAGGCAGAUAUUGAUGGUGAUGGGCAAGUUAAUUAUGAGGAGUUUGUCCGUAUGAUGCUUGCCAAGUGAUGGCU